CUGACGCACGACGACAUCCAGCAGCUCGGCGACCACGUGCGCCGCUUCUCCGACGCGCUCUCGCGGCUGCGCGCCGUCUUCCAGCAGGGGGCGCCGGCGGUGGCCGCGCACGAGAGUCUCGCCGACGUCCUGUCCGUGUUGAAGUCCGUCAUGCAGAAGUACGGCGCGAUACAGUCGGUGGACGUGCUCACGGCCGCCGCGCGGCUCAUCUCCGCCGUGAAGACACACGACUACGACGACGCGGCGGCGGCGGGAGACGGUGGCGCCGCCGCGGUGCGUGGCGGCGACCAGCUCGCGCUCGCGUUCAGCAGCCGUCUGUCGGAGUACCUCCUCGGCGACAUCGACACGGCGAGCAAGUACACGUCCGACGAGAACCUCGCCGGCACGACGACGAACGCGGCGGCGGCGGCGACGCGAUCGCCCUCUGGCGGCAGCGGCGGCGUGGCGAUGACGGCGGCGGAGAUGGACGCGGCGCUGGCGCGUCGCGGCGGCGUCGGCGUCGAGGCGGCGCUGCAGCGAGCGAAGGCGUGGUCGCGGUACGCGCGCGUCGUCGUCGGAUACGUCGAGAAGCGGGCGCAGCUCGACGCGGAGCACGCGCGGCGCGCCGCCGCCCUCGCCCUUGCGGCCAAGCCCGCGCUCACCGACGACGCGUUCCUGCCACUGCAGUCCGUCUACUGCGCCGCGCUCGACCAAGACGUCGAGCUCGCGGGGAUGUGCCAGGCCACGGCCGAUCUCGUGCUGACGCGCAAGUUCGCGGAGCCUCUGUCGGCGCGCGCCGCCGAGCACGACCGCGCGCGCAAGGCGCUCCGAGACGCGUGGACGCGGGAGCUGAAGCGAGCGGCGGAGGCCGGCGGCGAUCUCCGGAAGGCGCGCGCCGCGUACGUGCAGCGGCAGCAGGAGUACGAGAAGGCGCGCGAGGCGGCGGGCCGCGCCGACGAGGCCGGGAGCAAGCUGGAGAAGCGGCGUCGAGCGGAGGAGGACGCGCUGUACCGAGCCGCCGAGGCUGAAACGACGUACAAGGCGUGCGUCGCCGAGGCGAACCAGCGCCACCGCGCGCUGGCGGCGGCGCGCGCGCACACGCUCGCGGGCGCGCGCGAGCUCGCCUGCCGCUGCGACCAGACGACGAAGGCCGUCACGGUCGCCUACUUCCAGCUGCGGCACGCGCUCGCGACGCCCGCGCCCGUGCAGCUGCAGACGCUCUGUGAGAGCAGUCGCACGUACGAGCCCGGCGCGCAGUACGCCGAGUUCGUCAAGCAGCUCGUGAGCGGCGACGAGCGCCCCCUGGCGGCCGCCGACGACGACGCGGAGGAGCGGUUCGUCUUCGAGCCGUACAACGAGACGGCGCGCGCGUACGACCGCGUGCGCAUGUCCGGCGACGGACUCAUGGACAACGUCCCCGCGUACCUCCAGCAUCUGUCGGCCGACCGCGACAGCAAGCUCUGGCCGCCGAGCGACUCGGAGAGCGACGCAGACGACAGCGUCGUCGACGGCGGUUCUCCGCAGCCGAGCCCGCGCCGCCAGGUGGCGCCGGAGGAGCCGGCGGCGGACGGCGGCGGCACUGGGAAGGCGGCGAUGUCGCGCGCGGCGGCGACGCACGCGUUCCGCAAGCUGAAGUCGCCGGCGAAGUGCCGCGAGUGCGACAGCUACGUGUACUUCCAGGGCGUCGAGAAACUCGGCGCGGGCGACGCGCCUGAGCGCGGUCAGCCCACCGCGUCGCAACGCCUGAACUCUACCUGCGACAGCCUUUCCCGAGCCGCUCUCACGUUCGCUUCUGAACGCCGGCUCAUCAGCCCUGGCGCGCAGCGGCCUCCGCGAGAGGGCGCCGCCUACCCGCCGCCGACGUCGCCCGCCUCGCUCGCGCUCUACGUCGCCCGUCCUCCCGCGCGGCGGAAUCGGGCGAACGGCCUGCGGCGCUGA